AUGGAAGCCGUGGUUUGUCGUAGCCUUAUGGAGAAAGUAGCUGAGCAGGAGAGCUGGGAUGACGAGCCAAUGGAUGAUCUUCAGGACGACUAUGAGGAUCCGUUCGAUGAGAAGAAACUGGACCCAGAUUUGAAAGAGUAUGUCAAGAAGGAGAAAAGCAUCGCGUUCGAGAGCUUCAAAACUGCGAAGGAGGGCGUCAUUGCUUCGAUGAACGAAUUUGUGGAGCUGCUCUUCCACCACAACAAUACCACGUACAACUUCGAAAAGCUGAGCGACACUUAUGAGGACUUGUUGAAGCAAUCGAGAUACGUCAGUAUGAAGUCCGCCGUCGAUAAGAUCAAGAAGCUCAACGUGAGCCUCAUGAUGCUCGACAAUGCCAUCAAGAGAUCGAUGCACGAGUUCAAAGAGCUUCUCGCCAAUAGAGCGAUCGAGGAGGAUAGGGACAGAGAUAGCGAUGAGGAGAAGGAGGAGGAAGAGGAGGACGAGGAGGAAGAGGAGGACGAGGAUGCUGAGGAGGAUGGAGGAACUGUCGAGAAUUCGGAAUAG